AGCUCAUAGAAAAAAUCGUCAACAGCGUGUGGAGGAAAGUGCAAGCUACAUUCACGCUAUUAGAUUCCUCAAGGAAGUUAGUCGGAACUGAUUCUGCACUCAAGCAACUAAGUUUGUUGUUAGCUCAUGAUGCAGAUGAUGUUCGAUUUAUUGGGAUAGCUGGGAUGGGUGGCAUAGGCAAGACUACUCUUGCCGAGCUAGUUUAUGAUAAAACCUUCCACCAUUUUGAUGUUCAUUGCUUUCUUCGCAACGUUAGAGAGGUUUCUAAAGCAGACCCUACCCUAAUUGGUCUUCAAAAAACACUUCUUUUACCGAUGUUGAAAGAAAAGAUUCGGGACCAACAAUGUGGAAUCAAGUACACCGAGAAGUGCUUAUGCAACAAAAAGGUUCUUCUUGUACUUGAUGAUGUGGAUCACAUAAGCCAGCUACAAGUACUAGCUAGAAAGAAAGAUUGGUUUGGCAUGGGAAGUAGAAUUAUCAUUACAACUAGAAAUGAACGUCUGCUAGUCCAGCAUGACAUAACAUUAUGUCAUAAUGUCAAGGUGUUAAAUGAUGAUGAAGCUCUUGCACUGUUUAGUCAAAAUGCCUUUAAGAAAAAUCUGCCUGAGGAUGGGUUUUUGGAACUGUCUAAGUAUUUCAUUAAUUAUGCUGGAGGCCUCCCAUUAGCUCUUGAAACUUUGGGGUCAGCUUUGUUUAAGAGAGGGCUAGAUGCUUGGAAUAGUGUACGGGAUAAUCUAUCAAAAAUUCCUAAUCCAGCAAUUUUUGAUAAACUUAAAAUAAGUUUUGACGGACUAGAAGAGAUGGAGAAGAGAAUUUUUCUCGAUGUUGCAUGUUUCCACAAAGGGAAGUACAUGAAGCGAGUAAUUGAAACACUAGAUAAUUCUUUUGGAAUUUCUAGUAGUAUUCUAAUAGAUUCGCUAAUUGAGAAAUCUCUCCUCUAUCAAGAUCACCUAAAACGUAUGUGGAUGCAUGAUUUGAUACAAGAAAUGGCAUGGACAAUUAUUGGUCACGAGUCUAAAGAGCCUAGUCUGCGCAGUAGGUUGUGGCUUUACAAUGACAUUUACCAUAUAUUCAUGACGAAUACGGGAGAAGGUGGGAAUACGGGAACGGGGGCGAUUGAAGCCAUAUCCUUAUGCCAACUCAAAGUAGAAGAGGUACGCCAAUGGAAUUGCGAAGCCUUCUCUAAGAUGGAUGGACUGAGGUUUUUGGAAUUCGAUAAUUUGAUUUUUUCUUCAGGCCCCAAAUUUCUUCCAUGUUCCUUGAGAAUUAUAAAUUGGAGUUUCUAUCCUUCUAAGUCUCUUCCAACCAACUUUCAACCACAUUUGCUUACUCAACUUAAGAUGCGUAAGAGCAAACUUGUUCGACUAUGGGAGGGGAAAAAGGACUUGCCCAACUUGAAAUAUAUUGAUCUUAGCUACUCCAAUAAAUUAAUGAGUACUCCGGAUUUCAGUGGUAUUCCAAAUCUUGAGAAGUUGAUUCUUUGUGAUUGUAAGAAUUUAGUUAAGAUUCACCCGUCUAUUGGAGUCCUCAAAAAACUUGAAGUUUUGUACCUUCAUGGCUGUGAAAGCAUAAAUAGCCUCCCAAGUAAGGUUGAAAUGGAUUCUCUUGAGACUUUCAAUCUUGAUGGCUGCUCAAAUGUGAAAAAGAUUCCAGAAUUUGGGGAGCAGAUGAAGAAUUUGUCCCUGAUUUCCUUAAAAGGAACUGCGAUCGAGAAAAUACCUUCAUCAAUAGGACAUCUGGUUGGCCUUAAGGGUUUGUAUCUACGUAAUUGCAAAAAUCUCUUGAAGCUUCCAAUGGCUAUUUGUACUUUGAAGUCUCUUACAUAUCUCGAUGUGAUGGGAUGCUCAAAACUUGACAAACUCCCAGGAGACAUGGAUCACUUAGAGGUGCUUGAAUUGGGAGCCACUAUGACCGAGCCGCUUGUAGGUAUGAAAAAUCUCAAACGUCUUGUGUUUGACAGAUCGGAUGCUAAAGUAACGUACGGAUGGGGCCUUCUCCGCUUAUUAGGACUCGAAAAGAGUCGUCCUGAUCCUCUUUGUUGGGGUUUGGUAUUGUCUUCUCUAAAUCGUUUAUGCUUUUUGAGAGAGUUAUAUCUAAGAAAUUGUAAACUCUCUGAAGGAGACAUCCCCGAUGAUAUUGGCUGCUUGUCCUUUUUGGUAGAAUUGAUUCUCAGUGGAAAUAAUUUCGUGAGUCUACCUGAAAGCAUUAGACACCUUUCUAAGCUCAAGUAUCUUGAUUUGGAGGGGUGCGAAAGCCUUCAAGAAUUGCCACCUCUUCCAUCUAGCAACGAAUUAUGUGUAAAUGUGAAAAAUUGUACUUCCUUAAAAAGGUUGUCAGAUCCAUCCAAGUUGAGUAGCAGAGACACCAAUUUGUAUGACUUUGACUUCACUUGCAAGAAUUGCAUUGCAUUGGUUCAAGAUGAAGGCUGGAAUAAUACAAUACUCUCUAGGAUUCGAAGAAUUGCCACUCAGACCAAGGGACUGAAUCUAUAUUUCGAUAAACUGGACCCAGAUGUUGUAUGGCCUGGAAGUGAAAUUCCAGAGUGGUUCAGUAAUCAGAGUGUGGGACAUUCAAUAAAUGUGGAGCUUCCACCACCAUCAUGUACCAACUGGCUGGGGAUUGCCUUUUGUGUUGUUUUUCAAGAUCCUAAGCAAAAAUUGGCUAAUCUAGCUACCCUUUGUCAUUAUGAUUAUUUCAAUAUUCAGUUUUUAGGGGAUUGCCUUCUGCGAUGGGAUUGUAAAAUAGGGUCUCUUGAGUCAGAACACAUUUGGAUAUUUUAUUUUUCUUGUGAAAAUUGUCACCAGGAACAGUUCGUAUUCGAAACUUGCUUUUAUGAUAUUGAAGGGGGAAAACAAAAAGCAGACUUCAAUAGUGUGAAGAAGUGUGGGGCUCGUUUGGUGUACAAACAAGAUUUGAAAGAGCUCAACCAAACAUUGAAAAUCCUGAAGCGAACACAUGAAUAUCGUGACGAGACAGCUUCAAAUGGGCCUGAAAGUGCUAGAUGCAACGUCAUAGAACAAAUCCGCAAAAGCAUUGUUAUUAGUCACUAUCUUAUAAUAAAUGCAAGUAAAUCACAUCGAUUUAUCCCAUCAGCUUAA